UCUGUUUGUUACAAGCCUACCAGCCCAGUCCAGGUACUGGAAGACACUGGCUUUCUUUACCAGGAUCACCAGUUAUUUGCUGGCAGGCAUGAAGUUUCUCCGCUAGCAGCUGAAGCAAUCAGUGCCAAAGAAAAAGCUGCCGAGGAGGCCCUCUGCACCCCGCGCCCACCCAGCUUCCGCCGGGUCCCAGAGGCAGAGAUGCGAGGGGCGGAGGAGGUGGCAGCCGGCACCGUCCUGCAGCGCCUGAUCCAGGAGCGGCUGAGGUAUGGCAACCCCAGCGAGAACAUGAACCUGCUGGCCAUACAGCACCAGGCGACGGGCAGCGCCGGCCCCUCCAACAGCACUGCCAGCACUCUCUCUUCCGCAGAAAACCUCACGCCCGAAGAGCCGCCAAUGGUCCAGCCGUCGGGGCGGCAGGAACCGCAGGGGCAGGAGCACCAGGGGGACAGUGCUGCGAUGGAGAAGCAGCCCCGAGCCCCGCAGCCCCCACAUGGCACCGAGGAGCUCCCCACCUACGAGGAGGCCAAGGCGCAGUCUCAGUUUUUCCGAGGCCAGCCGCCAGCCACUGCCGCCGCGCCGGGUUUUUAUGGUGCAUCCGGCCAGAAGUCCAGGACAGAGGGGAGGCCGACGGUGAACCGGGCCAACAGCGGGCAGGCGCAUAAGGAUGAGGCGCUGAAGGAGCUGAAGCAGGGUCACGUCCGCUCGCUGAGCGAGAGGAUCAUGCAGCUCUCGCUGGAGAGGAACGGGGCCAAGCAGCAUCCCCCGGCCCCGGGGGGCGGGAAGGGCUUCAAGGCGGCCCCACCGCCCGGCAAGGCCACGGACCCGCGGGGCCCACCGCCUGAGUACCCCUACAAAGGCAAGGCAGUGGCCCCUGUCAGCAAGGCGCAGGAGCACGGGCUCUUCUACGGCGAGCAGCCAGCGCAGGAUGUCCUCAAGGCCUCCUACACCGCCCCCCAGCCCGCCCGGGCAGAGGUGGCCCUCGUCCGCUACCAGCCGCCCCCAGAGUACGGGGUCAGCAGCCGACAAUGCCAGCCUUGCCAUCUGGAGCGGGCGCAGCAGAUGGUGGAGAUGCUCUCUGAGGAGAACCACGUGCUGCGGCAGGAGCUGGAGGGGUACUACGAGAAGGCGGACAAGCUGCAGAAGUUUGAAAUAGAGAUUCAAAGGAUUUCAGAAGCUUAUGAGGGCUUGGUCAAGACCACCACUAAGAGGGAGUCUCUGGACAAAGCGAUGAGAAACAAACUCGAAGGAGAAAUUAGGAGACUUCAUGACUUCAACAGGGAUCUCCGUGAACGACUGGAGACAGCCAAUAGGCAGCUAGCCAGCAGAGACUUUGAUGGGCAUGAGGACAAGUCAACAGAGGGCCUUUAUGUCACUCAGAACAAAGAGCACUUGAAGGAGAAGGAGAAGUUGGAGAUGGAGCUGGCAGCUGUGCGCUCUGCCAACGAGGACCAGCGGAGGCACAUCGAAAUCCUCGACCAGGCCCUAAACAACGCGCAAGCCAAGGUCAUCAAACUGGAAGAGGAGCUGCGCAGGAAGCAGGCCUACGUGGAGAAGGUGGAGAAGCUGCAGCAGGCACUGACGCAGCUGCAGGCAGCCUGUGAGAAGAGGGAGCAGAUGGAGCGGCGGCUGCGCACACGCCUGGAGCGGGAGCUGGACUCACUGCGGAUGCAGCAGAGGCAGGGCAGCUACCAGGCGAGCAGCCUCCCGGAGCACAAUGCCCCAGCCCUGAUGGAGCUAGUGCGGGAGAAGGAGGAAAGGAUCCUGGCCCUGGAAGCCGACAUGACCAAGUGGGAGCAGAAGUACCUGGAGGAGAGUACGAUCAGGCACUUUGCCAUGAAUGCCGCAGCCACAGCUGCAACGGAGAGGGACGCCUCGGCCCCAAGCCACUCGCGCAACGGCAGCUACGGCGAGAGCGUGCUGGGGGGGCGGGGCUGGCCGGGGGGGGGGGAGCGCAACCGGCGCUGCCAGGACAUGGAGUACACAAUAAAGAAUCUCCAUGCAAAAAUAAUUGAGAAGGAUGCCAUGAUCAAGGUCCUUCAGCAACGGUCACGGAAGGACCCCGGGAAAGCCGACAGCACCAGCCUGCGACCAGCUCGGUCCGUCCCCUCCAUUGCUGCUGCUACGGGCGUGCAUUCACGCCAGACCUCGCUCACCAGCAACCAGAUAGCUGAGGAGAAGAAGGAAGAGAAGAUCUGGAAGGGAAGCAUAGGGCUGCUCUUGGGGAAGGAGCACCACGACCACCCGUCGGGCCCCUCGCUGCCUCCUCCGCUGCCCUCCUUGUCCUGUGUGCCUGUCCCAGCACCGGCGGCCUCCCACACGAAGACAGGCAGCAAAGACAGCAGCACUCAGACGGACAAGAGCGCCGAGCUCUUCUGGCCCGCCACCGCCUCCUUCCCCGGCCGUGGACGGCUGGGUACCACCCCGUCGCACAGCCCGGCCUCACGGCCCCCGGGGACACGAGUGGCCAGUGAGAAACUGGAGAACUCAAGCCAUGGGAAGCUGCCCGACAGCAAAGGCAGAGUGAGCAGCUUGCUCCACAAGCCUGAGUUUCCAGAUACAGACAUGAUGGAAGUCCUCAUCUGAGCAGAGGACGGCAUCUCUGGGGUUUUGUGUGCGUACAGCCAGGUCCAAGAUGGUCCUCGGUCUGCCAACCUUAAAAACUAACCCUGAGAGUUUGAAGAAAGAUAGAGAAAGUUUGUGCCCGAAAUGAAGCUUGAGUUGAUAAGUUGACUUUGGACCAGGCGAGAAGUCAAGAGCGCUGAAGAGGAGCGAUGAAAUGAACAUCUGGGAUUUUCUGAGCAGAAAGGGGCGUUGAAAACGGAAUGUGGCGUGAGAAGGGGAUCAUUGAGGGAAAAGGAGACUGCAUUUUCUGGUGUAAAGAGAAGGUAGUGAAGUUACAGACUGGGUGCAAACUGCCGCUCUGUUUUCCUGCCUCUCUGCAGCCGGGACAGGGAAAGAAAUCCCGGCUCUUUUGAGGCCAGAGGGAGUUUCUCAAUAACCCAGGAGAAAUUUGCAUCUUUCUCAGUAUCAAUUCAUUUCUCAAAAGUAUUCACUGCUUAAUUUCAGUGAAUAAUUGGUCCAUAGAUGUACACAGCGGGUUCUUCUAAGUAUUUGUUUGAAGUGGUGUGGUGUGGUUUUCCUGGGCAGGCAGGUCAGGUGUCUCUUUCCUAGCUGGACAAGUGUUGCUCUUGGAGCUGGAUUUACAGUGCAAAUAUUCAUGUCUUGCAACCUCAGAGCUUGCUGAGACUUCUUUUUUUGGUAGGAGCAGUUGUUGACUGGAAUUCCCAUGGAGGAUGAAAGUAGAGGAGGGGAGGAGGACCCUGCUGAAGCAAUUCCUUUUGUAAGGAUGGGAAGGUUUCAGGAGGGAAAGUUGGGGGAGGAUCCUGGCAGCUUCCCGAAGGGCUGUGCAGUGCAGAAGCUCAUUCAGAGGGGGGUUGUGUGGGUGCAUUUCCACUGGAGUUAAUCUGGGCUUGCAUGUGAGAUCAGAAGAUGCCUCUAACUGUGCAGUGGUUCAUAGUAGUGGAAGAAUCAGUGUGUUUGUGGUAAGAACAGGAUUUUUCCUUAUUUUCAGUGCCUACAGCCAAAUCCUACCUUCCUUGAGCAUACAAACCUGCUGUUCAAGCUGACAUGGGACUGGGGAUUAAGGGAUGUAGGAUCAGGCCAGGAAGGGUUUAACUGCAAAGCAAAGCAUGAGCAUCAUCUGUUUCCUGUGCUGAGGUGCAGUUUCUUUUCACCUUGUUUUAACCGGGGUGGAACAAUUCUCAUUUUCAGCUUAGUCCCUGAUUUCUGUAAGAGGUGGCAACUGUCUUUGUAAGACAGCCAACUCACCAGCAGCAUUAAUCAUGGCAUACCAUUUGCUUCAUGCAUUGCACAUGCUGAUAGGGAAAUUUUCCUCUUGGAGGUAUUUUUGUGUUGGCUUUGCGGUUCCUGAACCUUGUGGUGCACCGUAAUGACAUUAGGAAGAACUUGGCUUUGGGAAAAUGGGUGAUGGGAUUUUAUGUGAAACUGCCUAGAGUGGAAAAUUGAUGGGUGCUGGAAGUAAUCGUGUGCUCAGGGCUGGCUCAAGGUCACCCCUUCCUGUAGGUAUCGGAUCAGAGCCCUUGAUUGUGAAAACACCAGGCACUUUAAACUCUGCUUUCACUGAAAACUGAAGUCCUUGCAACCUCAACGCCUGCAGGGGCCAGAGCCCUGCGCUCAAUACUGCCUGGCUGAUACCUUUUUUUAAAAAACAAAAUGGCUAUGUUAAAUCUAUGCACUUAUUUUUGCGUGUACAUAGAAUUAGACAUUCGUCAGUGUCGCCCUCUUUCUGAUUUUUGCACUUCUUAAACCAAGUAGCGGUAGGUAGGUUGUGCGGGCAAGCGAACUGUGUGUUUUGAGUAUUAGCAGCUUUGCAUUGUGAAACCAAAUGUGUAAAACCCUUGGAAGAUGUUACGCAGCUUAAUAUAUGCCUUGUAAAAUAAUUUUAUUUUUUUCUCUAAAGUUAAUUUAAAGGUUGUAAGUGUUUGCAUAAAAGCUGGGCCUGCGCGUGGCAGCAGCGCUGACCCACCUCCGUAGCCCUUCCUCGAGUGUCUGUGGUUGGAGCGGGGCAGGAGGAAGACAAAGCAAGGGAAUACAAGUAAAAUGGUGGUGAAUAUUUCAUUUCAUCAUUUUUCUCCAAGAAAUAAGGAUACCCAGGUGCUUGGAAGUCCCUAAGCAUUUUAUUACCAGCUGUACCAUUUCUUCUGAUGAAACUAUUUAAUAAUUUGUGUACAGGCAGACAGCUAGGUGUCCAGCAGAAACAGUGUUGGAUCAGCACGUGUGAUGUGGCUUUCGGUUAUGUUUGGUAAUGGUGUAGCUCAGCUUCUCCAAGUCAGCUAGAGUACAGCACUCCCCCUCCUCCUCCUCCUCGUGGAGACCACAGUCCCUCCAGUUUCUGGUAUGUGGGAGGUGUGUUUACAACCGAUGCUGCACCAGAUUCAUGGUCACAUAUAGGAAACCAUUUGUUAGAGACUAUGGUGUAGGCAACUCUCGUUUGCUUUUGGAGUCCCAGCUCAAAUAAACUCAAAGGUUCAUUCUCCUCAAUUAUGUUGAACUCAAGAGAUGUUAGUUUUCCUGGAGGGAAGGUCUGGAGGACCAGCGGGCCUCCCCCCAGCCCAAGCACUAGCAGGACUUGCGUGGAGUGCUACUGCCAUAAAUCAGUCCCUCAGUGGUGCAACUCCAUUUGUGCUGGUUUUCCCAGCUCUUUGAACUGUUUUGUGUUUUGGGAAACUGUGCUGUAGCCGUUCCAGGUGACGUUGGUAACUAGUUGUAAAAUACUGUCAUUUUUUAUUGUCAUUGGUUGUAUAGAGAAGUUGGUGUACAGUGUUGUACAGCUGGAGGGUUAUUUGUACAUAGGGGGAAAAUGAAGAACGUUAUGUGUCACCCACAGCAAAUAUUGAUAUUGUUGGUCAGCCAAAGAUUUCUUAUUCUUUGCUGUUUAAACUUGUGCCUUAAUAUUGUAUAUAAUAAAUGUAUAAACAUGUUUCUUUUCUCA